AUGGUUUCCAAGUACGAGAAGUAUUAUGAGUCGUACAAGACCCCUCGAGGCGCUGGCGAUGCGAGACCAACUGCUCAGCAGAUCAUUGAGGAUGAAGGCCUCGUCGGACAAUGGAAGGGCAAGGUGGUGAUGAUUACAGGCGCCUCAUCCGGUAUUGGUAUCGAGACAGCCCGCGCACUCGCGACCACUGGCGCUGAGCUCUUCCUCCCCGUACGUAGCCCCGACAAGACUAAAGAAGCCCUCAACGACUUGAUCGAAUCAGGAAAAGCUACUUUGAUGGAUCUGGAGCUCAGUUCAUUAUACAGUGUUCGUAAGUGUGCCGAGGCCUUCCUAGCCAGGAAGCAGAAGCUCAACCUUCUGAUCUGCAAUGCCGGCUUGAUGUCGUGCCCAGAAGGCCGCACUGAGGAUGGAUUUGAGACGCAGUUUGGCGUUAAUCACCUUGCCCAUUUCCUCCUCUUUAAUCUUCUCAAGGACGCACUUAUUGCUGGCUCUACCCCCGACUUCAAUUCUCGCGUUAUAAUGCUAUCUUCUAGCGCUCAUCGCUUUGGUUCUGUCAAUUUUAAAAACCUGACGUUUGAGGGCGAAUAUGAUCCUCACAAAGCAUACGCCCAGAGCAAGACAGCAAAUCUCUGGAUGGCCAACCAUAUCGACCGAUUAUUCGGUGAUAAGGGUGUCCAUGCCUGGAGUGUCAACCCAAGCGUGGUGCAAACUGGCCUUGGCCGCUUCUUAGAUGAUGCACAAGUCCAGGCGGCCUUUGCAGACGAGAAGACUGCUAAAGAGGCAAGGUCCAUUCCCCAAGGAGCCGCGCCUACUAUUUACGCUGCGGUGGCCAAGGAGCUUGAGGGCAAGGGUGGCAAGUACACGGAAAAUUGCAACAUUGUGGGACCCCAGAUAAAUUCUGGUAUCUACGAUGAGGGUUAUGCUCCAUGGGCAUACGACGAGGCGAGCGAGAAGGAGCUAUGGCAAGUUUCCCUCAAGAUGGUUGGUCUGGAAUAA